GGCGACGCGCAGUGCGCGCUUGUGUUGUGUUCGCGCGCAUUCCGUUCGUUAACCCUGCGCGUGCGAUCGAAACAUCAGCUGUCAAAAAUUGUGACGUUUCGUAACAAAACCCUAUGACUGUGGUCGUAUUGUUACAGUUAGAUGUGACACAAGUUAGAAACGCUAGUUAUGGCGCGAGAUAUUACAGUAUGAAUAAUUCAAGUAGCAUAAAAAUUUGACGUUCCGCUUGGCGGGUUUGUGUACUAGUGUUGUGAUUAUAGUGUUGUGGUGUUCGCACAGUUUCGCAUAGUUCCUGUGGCACUGUUGUGUAGAUAUCAUGACACAUUAAUGUCUUUCGAAGCUGAUAUGUCUAUAAUUAGAGAGCUGCGAUGGUUGCAAGACGAGGAGUUGUUUGCUCUUUCAUUGCAAAACGGUAUGUCGAAAAACUUCAACGAGAUCGAAGCGGCGGAGGCGUGCAAAUGGCUGCGAGCGGCCGGCUUCCCUCAGUAUGCGCAGAUGUACGAAGAUCUGCAGUUCCCGAUCGACGUGUCCGGUGUCCAGAACGACCAUCCGUUUCUCGACGCAGACUCCCUGCAGUCUCUCUUCCGGAGAUUGACCGCUCUCAACAGAUGCGCGAAUAUGAAACUGGAACACCAUCAUCAUCAGAAACGUUCUAACGAUUCUGACGAUGAACAAUGUGCACUGAGCGAGCACUGGCAGUACGAGAGGAAGUCGAGGCGAUGGUCGCGAGUGGUGGAGAUCACACCGCAAGCGCAGAGGCGACUACAGGUGAUAGCAGCUCGUGCACUAGCAGAAAGAGAAGCGAGAGAAGCCAGGGGAGAAGUAGAAGAUGAUGAAGAUGAGACCUUACCUACGAUAAGAGUAGGCCUAGUCGACGCAGAUGGACACUACACAGAUGUGGAACCUGAUCUAUUAACCGUACCCGGUCAAACAAUGAUACAGUUACCAAGUGAUAAAGAAGACGAAGAAGAUACGGGCACGAGGUUUAGACGAACUGGUUCGGAGAGACUUCGAGAUGGAGCAAAAGCCUUGCUAAGGAGAGUUGAAUCUCUAAAAACACGGCGAAGAAAGCGCCAGAACCGAACCGAAGUGAUAGUAUCUUCUCCCCACUUCUUAGAUGUGCAACAAGAUAGAUAUCCAGAUCUUAGUUACAUAGACAUGACUCCUACGUCACCCACUCAAUUCCCCUUUCCUGAUUUCCAUAGUUCACCUACUCAUGCUACAGCAGUUAGAACUCAACCCCCGUCCCCUAUGACUAUUAUGCCCCCAUCCCCUAUCGCACCUCUAGAACAAUCUUUUGUCCUCCAUCCUCCUUUCGGUGAUGAUAGUUCCAGUUAUGCAUCUGAUGGAAGUAUGGGUUCAAGCAACAAGAGUUCGAAAUCUAAAUUAGGAAGGGCGAAAAGAAUUUUCCACAGAGGGUUAAGGAGUGAUGACUCGAGCGCCCUGAGUGACUCAGAAUGCCAGCCAGCUAGUUGGAGACACAAUUACUAUAAAGAGUUAAACGCUCAUCAUCAAAAUACAGAGGUUUACGUGGAGCCUCCAUCACCAGUAGAGUUGAAGCCGGACCCGGCAGUUCUGCGCGAAGUACAACAGUCACCAGCGCAUACGCCACACCGCCGACAGGCCAUUAGGACAAGCUCGCUGAACCUGGGCAAGGAGGCACACAAAUUCCGAGACAGGAGUCUCAAAAGAGAUAAGUCGGCAUCAAGGAGUUCCGAGCUAGACAGCAGCCCCAACUCCGCAGGCUCCAGAUCACAUGACGGUGAUCAAGAUGACGACGAUGACAGUCUUGAUCUGAAGACCAAAAAAAACAACAUACAGAGGUGGUAUUCCUUCAGAACAAGUACUAUCAAUGGAGGCCCUAAAGCAAACAAUACUCUUCAACCAGCACCCAACCAGAAAGAUCCAGAAACAUACCUAUCGCGACCUAUGUCUUCACUCUCCUGCGGCCAGUUGCACAUUCUGAGAAAGUUGGCACUCCUGCGUCUGACCGCGUGCAUGGAGCGAUACUGCCCGUCGCACAAAUCUGGCUGGAACUGGGAACUUCCCAAGUUAAUUAGGAAGAUCAAGACGCCUGAUUAUAAAGAUAAAACGGUGUUUGGAGUACCUCUAACAGUAUCACUGCAGAGGACGGGUCAUUCGUUGCCAAAGCCUAUCCAAUGCGCGCUCAAUUGGCUCAAAUCUAAUGCGUUGGAUCAGAUGGGUAUAUUUCGCAAAGCAGGAGUAAAGUCGCGGAUAGCGAAGCUGCGUGGAAUGGUAGAAGCAGCGGGGGCAGCCAAUGCUGCGUUUGCUAGUGAGAAUAUUAACGUUGAAAGGUGUAGCCUGAAUUUCGACGGUGCGCAGGCGCACGAUGUCGCCGACGUGGUCAAGCAGUACUUUAGAGAGCUGCCCGACGCGCUGCUUACCAAUAAACUCAGUGAGACAUUCAUUGCGAUAUUCCAACAUGUCCCGGAGCCUCUAAGGCCGGACGCUGUGCAGUGCGCGUUAUUGUUGUUACCGGAAGAACAUUUGGAAGCAUUGCACUCUCUGCUAAUAUUCCUAUCGGAGGUGGCGGAACAUUCAGCUGUGAAUCAAAUGACGGCAUCAAACCUCGCAGUGUGCCUAGCGCCUACCUUACUAAGGCUGCACCACGCGCCACCCCACACCGGUAGUACUAAGGAAGGAAAUUCAAACAGGAUGAUAAUCGAGAGCGUGGCAGAUCAGCGUCAGAUCAGCGAGAGUCGAGCUGCCCACGCAUGUCUACUGCUGCUAAUCGCUCGCCACCAUCAGCUAUUCCUGGCACCCGCCGAUAUGCUCGCUCGCUGCAAAUUCAACUACUUCGAGGAGAGCGUGCCGGUCGCAUUAGAAGAGCUUGGAGCUGAUUUUAACCAAGAUUGGAAAGGAUUUCAACAAGCCUGUAUAAAGGCAUUGCUCAAAGAAGCCAAAGAAAAGAGCAGGGGCUGGAUGUCGGUGUCAGGAGCCGCGGGGCACGUGGAGCUGUGCUGCAAGAAGGUGGGCGACGGUCACCCCCUUCGGCUCUGGCGCGCGACCACCGACGUCGAAGCCCCACCGCAGGAGGUUAUGCAGAGAAUCCUCCGCGAGCGGCAUAUAUGGGACGACACUUUGGUCAAAUGGAGAGUGGUUGAGAAAUUGGGAACCAAUGCUGAGGUGUUCCAAUACAUUACGGCUUCUAGCAUCAAUUUACCACCGAGAGACUAUUGCGUAUUAAGGUCGUGGCAGCAGGGCGGUGGUAGUGGCGGCGGCGGUUGGUGCGCGGUUGCGGAGACAUCGGUGGCGCACGCGGGUGCUGUGCCGGGCGCGCCGGGCUCGCCUGGAGCCACGGGCACUGCAAGUGUUGCGGCUACGUCUAGUACGGCGGUCGGCGCUCGCGGUGUCGUACUCGCUUCACGCUACCUCGCCCAGCCCGCAGGAAAAGGCCGCAGUCGAUUAGUGCAUCUCGCACGAGUCGAUACAAUGGGUCGCACACCCGAGUGGUACAACAAAUGCUACGGGCAUAUCUGCGCGUUGUAUCUGGCGAGAAUCAGGGCCUCCUUCAAGCAUAACACAGAAGGUCCGGAGUCGAACGUAUGAUCCAAACAUUCCACUUAAGCUGUGUUCAUAUUGAACGCCGCUUAAGUACGACGGAUAAACGUCAGUUUCAUCUCGAAUCGAGAUAUCGAUUGUUAAAUUUCGAUGUUUGAUUAUCGCUAAAAUGUUUCGUUGCAAAUUAUUGCAUUUAAUAUUUUGGUCAUAGUAUAAGUUAGAACAUUGACAUUCAAAAAAUUAUCAAUUACCGAUAAUUCCAUUCUCUAUGAUGUAAAUGUAUAUGAAUGUUAUGCAAGUUUAACAUUCUUAAGACAAGACCAAAUCAUUAUUUACAAUUAUUUGUAAAUAAAUUGAAAUGUUUAUUGAUAACAAAUGCAUAAUUCAGAAAAUACUUAUUAGAUUAUAAAAUUCACUACCUACCUCUGUUAUUAAAAGUUUAUUAUAUCCUAAUAUUAAAUCCCUAAUGGGGUCUACCAAAAAACCUGACUGCUUUGUUGUAAAGUUAGUACGUUAGGUUAGUUUAUAUAAAAAAUAUUUAGGGCCUGUCACACCAAAUUUUAGAUAACAAUCCAACGUGUAAAAUGUGAUGGAAAUAUCGGAUUUUGUUUCCUUAUCUGAUUGACGUCAUUUUUAAACUGAGUCUGAGUGGUGUGACAGGCCCUUAGACUCUUUCAAGGUGCACUGUUCAUCACAAUAUAUUAUUUAAAUAUGUGAUAUCAAUCUUUUAAAUAGAUUAAAAAAAUGUAAUCUCAUUUUGGCGCAAACUUACCACAGAUUAUAAAGUUAUCUUAACAUAUCACUAGUCAUAUUUGUAUAUGAAUUUGUCCAAUAAAGCACAUAAUAACCGUACCUGUCCUGUGUUCAGGAAUAUAAAAAUAGUAUUAUAAUCUAGACUUACAUAGGUCAAGUUAAGACCUCGAUUGAAAGUUUAUCCAAAAAUGUAAAUUUACUAAAAUGUUAGAUUUUGAAAUUGACUAAAUUAAUUUGGUCUACAAAACAUUAACAAUUUAAACUUUUUGGCAGAGUUUGUGAAAUAAAUUAUUUACCUUUUAUGCAAUAGUUAGUUUUAAGACACUUUGUGGGUCGGAAUUUGAAAAUAUUUGUAAAGGUCGUAAGUUAAGUUUUCGUUUUUGUAAAAAGUCUGAUUUGUAAAUAUUUAGAUUGUAAUCAUUAAUUAAAUAUUGUUCAAUUUUAUUGUAGUUCUAUUGAAGAUUUGUAUGAAGUAUUCUUCGUACAAUUUAAUGAUAUAAAAUCAAGUAAAUUUUCAGGAUAAAUAUUAUUAACUUCAAUCUGAAGCUAAAAAGUCUUAGAGUGCUUCAUACAAAUAUUUUUUUAAAUUAAAAUUCCUCUUUGGAAAAUCAAUUUUAAGCCAAAUAUCACAAAAAAAUAUUAUUAUAUUGGAUUAAUUGUAAAUAUAACAAAAAUGAUAUUUUAUGGAGAAUUUGUAAUCUCAUAUUUAUGUGUUGGUAGUUACCUGAGAUAUCACAAAUGUAAGAAACUUUGGUGCAGUAUAUAUUUAUUACUUUAAUACUUCGAUGAUUUAUAGAUUAAAAGGGGGCUUAGAACUUUCUAAAAUUAGUAAACUUUUUUAUCAUUUUUUUCUGAUUUUUUUACGCCAAAAUAUUUGUUUUUUUUUUACUGUAAUAAAUGAAUAAGUAGCCCCUUAUCUGUCUGAUCCGAUCACCAGUCCACUUACUACCAUAUUUUGGGCCUAAUAGUCUUUGGCUGUAAUCAGAAAAAAUCGAAUACAAAUCUAGUAAAAAAGUAAGUAUAUAGUAUGAAAUUUAUUUACUAUAAUUUGUGGACCCAAGAGACAUUAUGGUUCCCAAAAGGGCAAUUGCAAUACUCAAAUAUUCAAUGCAUCAAAUAGAUAUUAAAAAUACGUUCUAAUAACAUUUAUUAUAUUAAUAAUUUAAAAUAUAUGAAGAUACCUAUUUAAGAUUUUUAAAUACAUAUAUUACAAAAUUAAAAAAAUAGCCAUUCCAAUGUUGAAUAUUGUCUUGAAAUUAUAUAAAAAUACAAAUAAUGUUCAACAUAUCGUAAUAAUCAGUAUUUUGAAUCAAUUUAAAUAAAUGUUUAUAAUUCAAUGCACAUUAUAUUUAAAUGUACUGGUAUUUAUGCGUAGAUUAUAAAAUGUUCACCGUUAAUACUCCAUAAUGUCUGUUAUAUUGUUUAAAAUAACUAAACUAAUGCAUUGUGAUUUUAUUCUCUAUGAUAUGGACCAUUAUAAGU